AUGUCUGUAAUGUACAUUUAUGUAUUCACCUCCUCACGUGGAAACAUGUAUAGUCCUAUCCCACUUCCAAUUUUUGGUAACGUUGUUCAAAAAUAUGGAUAUAAUUUAGCUGAUUGGUACACAUUAUUGCAUAAAAAAUAUGGUGACAUGUUUGAAGUAUAUUAUGCAGGAGAACGUAAAGUCGUAUUAAGUAGACCAGAUUUAAUUGAAAAUAUUAAUAACAAUUCAACAAAAACUAAAUAUCCUAAUAGAUUUGAAGAUACAGAAGGACUUACUGAAUAUGGAGUUAGUGCAGGAGUAGGCAAUAAUAAUGAACCUAAAUCUUGGAGAUUUAAUCGUCAAUUUUUUACUCAGGCUCUGUUUUCAUCAAAAUUUGAACAUCUAGCUAUUGAAUGGAUAAAUGAACUAUGGGAAGAAAUAGAUUCCUAUUGGAGUGAAAUUGAUGAAAAUAAAGAAUUUGAUCUUGUAGAAUGGAUGCAGGGGUAA